AUCACAUCGUCAGUGGGUGUAUGCUUACAUGAUAAUGUAUUCGAGCUGACCAGUUGUGAAGAGGUCUAUUUUUCUCCUUUCCCACUUCUUAAAUUCAUAUUGUCCUCAGCGCCGUGUGACGUGUCGUUCUCAAAUAAAAACAUACGAGUACGCAUGUGCGCCGGUUACCGCGGUUACCUGUACACUGACUUCACCCGUACAGUAAAAAUGCCACCCAAGAGUAAAAAGAAGUCACGUAAGAUGACCAAAGCUCAGAGGUUAAAGAAGCAGCAAGAGGAGGAAGAAGCUGCCCAGCUGCAGGCCGAAAGAGAAGAACAGGACAGAUUGGAAAACAGGAGAAAGCAGGAGGAGAUACAAAGGCUAGAAGAGAUGGCUUUGGAGAGCAGAGAGAAUGAGCUGAAUGAACUGCAUCAUCUGCUGGAGGAAAACAACUCUGCAAUAAUCAAAUGGAGGAUGGAUGCUGCAGAAAAGGCUGAAUGGGAGAGAUACAUGCGUUGUGAUGGUGUCCCAGACCCAAAAGACCAGCGGGGGGUCAAUACAUUUAUCAGCUUGUGGAGGGAUGACUCAGAGUCCAACGUUGCAGAGGAGCUUCAGCUGUGCAGCAAAGCGGUACAGCUGUUUGAAGAGCUGGAGGAGCUUCUGAAUGAGACCAAAGAUCCAAAAGAGAUCCUGAUGUACCAAGAGGCUCUCAGAGAUGUACAGGAGCUUCUCCAUUCUAAACACCUUUCUAUAGCUGAGAAGAUCCUAAAGGGAGCAGGCGAAAACAUCGACCCUGACACAAGAAACAUGCAAACUGUGUCCAAAAAUGAAACGUCAACACUGUGUCUCUGGGCCAACCUCUUUAAAAAUCCAAACUUUAAGGAGCUUGACUUUGAGGAAGCUGGUAUGGGGUUUAGGCUUCCUAUGCAACUGGCUGUGAGCGACAUCGCCGUAAGGAUCCUCCACACCCACUAUGACCACCUGUCAAUGCUGGCCAGGAUCAGACAUCAGUCUGAGAAGCAGAUAAUGGGGGAGAAGAAGCUGUCCAUCCAGGAGUCCGACAAAAAACAGAGCUCAGCCAGUCUGCAGUCCAGAAACAGCAGCGUACAGGGUUCAGAGGACAGCAAGAGCCAGAUAUUUACACAGAUGGAAGCACUCAGUGGUCACAUGUCCAGCCUGGAUUUUGCUGAUGUUCCAACUACAGAUCCAACUGUUCCUCAAGUUGCAAUGACAGGAAAUGGAGCCCAGGUUGUAGAUAUAAUGGAGUACACUUCCCUGGGUGGGGUUUUCUACUAUGACCUCCUUCACCUCCCACCUCAGCCUAUCAGGAAAAGAGGUUAUACAAUACUGCAGAUUGUGGAUGGGCUGAGGGUGUUCCCUUACCCAACAAAGAGGCCGAAAGGUGAGGCGUGCCCCCCGGUUGGGGUGUCCAUUGCCCUUCCUGACUGGGUGGUUUACAUGGAACCUCCACUUGUGGCUCGCUGGGAUGCUGGAGAUGAGCAGUGGAGAAGGGACGGCGUCACCGAUGUCUCCUACGAAGAGGCAGGAGCCAAAAUCUCCUUUAAGAUGGAAACAUUCCAGACCUUUGCGCUGAUGCAGAAGACCUACGCCAACCUUCCUUUUCAGAGCUGGGAGCUGCGGCCGCUGGGCCAGGAUUCUGCUCUUUUUAUGGUCAAGGGAGCAUUCAUUAACAUCACCAUCACCAUUCAGAAUGAUCAGUGUAUGCUGCAGCUGGAGCAGGAGAGAGGCCUCUCUCACCUCGUGGGGAAGUGGAUGAGCGGACCUGCCCUGCAGAAAGCCAUGCUCAAGGCGGGGAUCAACAUCUUUGUAAACGAGCACACGCACAAAUACAUCAGCAUCUGCAAGAAGGAAUCACUUUCCGAACAGGCUGUAUAUGAGCAGAUGGCCCUCUUUGCAUCUGCUUGUGCCUUCUCAUGGAGCAAGUGGAAUGCCAUAUGUGGAGAGGAGCAUCUGGUCCUUCAGGUUUGUGAGCACCAUGACCCCACCCCUGUACCUGAAGACUCUUGGAGUAUGUACCUCGUGGGUGCACAGAGGAGCCAGAAACUGGAGAUCACUGAGAACAGUGAAGCUUUUUCCCAAGACCAUGUUCCUAACAGCAGGUUCCACUCCACCUUCAUCCACAUGCUGCAGGAUAACAUGAGCCCUGAUGGAAUAGCUAUGGCCAAAAAUUCCCAUUACUGGUUUGUUGACACUGUGCAGAGCCUGCUUUGUGCCACUAGACCCCUGGUUUAUUCAUAAAUUGUGAUGUUAGACUAAUACAGUGAUUAAUGUAAGAUGGUUACAUUUAGAUUGGGAUGCUUCACAGACUAAGUUCAACAAAAGAAGUUUGCAAAUAACAUUGUUAAAAGAGAUGAACAGGUUAUUAAGGACAACGGUAGGUUUAUUGAAGAUCAACCGUGAAUAAAUGCUUUGCAAAGACAAGUCAGAGCUGGAAUUUCAUGCAGACGUCAAAGGCCAGAUGUAAUAACCCAUUUAUCAUGCUGAUUUCAAGUCAGUAAAGGGCUCAAAGAAAUAUGACCCAAACAAUAAUAGUAAUAAAACUUUUCUCCUGACUGUUACAACUACGGACAAAUGAUUCUGACAAACUGCUUGUAAAGCAAUAGACAUCUGCUAUCACCAACAUUAUAUGAAGAGCUGUGAUGUGCAGAGUAGAGCACCUUUCUUCACGUUUGAUGUGUUGCCUCCUGGCUUAUAGCAAACUGCAAAUGACACUUUCUAGGGAUUUUCUUCUUGUCACUAUUCCCUGAAGGCCAUAUUUGUGGAGCAGAGAACUAACAGAUGUCCUGGUGAAAGACUCUACCACCUGAGCUUUGGAUAUGUACAGCUCCUCCACAGUUUUUGUUUGUAAACAAAUGCAACCAUAUAUCAUUACACCCCACUUUUACAAUUAUUCAACUAUUAUGAUGUGUUGGUCCGUCUCAUAAAAUUGGAAUAAAAUACAGAGACGUUUGUGGUUGUUACAUGACAGAAUUUAAAAUAUGGUAUAUUUAUAAUAUAAAAUAUAGUAUGAAUAUUUUUCAAGGCAGUCUUUAUGUUCCAGCUCAAGAGCAUUGAGCCAAAAAGUAAUUUCACAGUUAUAAAAAUAGUCCCAAAUAAUAAUUUUGUUAUUCAAACAUUUCAGAGAAUUUUAUAUUGUGUCAUUAACCAAUAAAGACCAGUCUC